CACUGAUAGGUGGCACUGACUGGCACUGAUGGGUGACACUGAAAGGCAGCUCAGAUGGGCACUGAUAUGUGGCAUAGAUGUGCACUGGUAGGCACUGAUAUGUGGCAUUGAUGUGGCACUGAUGGGCACUGGCAGGUGGCAUUGAUGAGCACUGACAGCUGGCACUGAUGGACAAAGACAGGUGGCACUGCUGGGGCUACACAGAUCAUCAGGGCACACUGAUCAUCAGUGCCCUGAUGAUCAAUGUCAGCGUGACAGUCCGUGAGGAGAGAAAUGCCGAUAACAGGCAUUUCCAUGUUUACAUGUGAUCAGCUGUGAUUGGA